AUGUUUGCGGGUGCCCCAACUCCUUCGCCACUUGAGCUUGCUAUUUCGCGUGUGCAGGCGCGCAAGACCUUGCGUUCGUUCGCCAUGAUUGUUGGCGUGCUGCAUUUUGCGCCGUACCUCUUCCACUUUGUGGGCAACCUGUGCCGCAAAUAA